ACUCUCAUAGCAUAUAUAGAGGGAAGAAAAGAAAGAAGGAAGUAAAAGGUGUUCAUAUGAAGUCAAAGAAUGCAUCUUUGGCACCCCCAAUUCAGGAAACAACGAUGGAGGCAAGCGUCGGCGCCGCCGUGGAAAAAGCUGCCGGCGACGGCAUGAAGGCAUGGGAUGGUGGUAGCAACAUUUUGGUGAGAAGGGUGAUGUAUGUGGCCAUGAUCCUUGGUGGAGUUGGAGUGUUGUGGAUGUCCUUUUAUCACUUUGGUUCUCCCUUGGAACGCCCCACCUUUUCACGCUACUCCAUGGAUGAAUCAUCACAGGGUGAUCAUGAUCAAAGGCUAGAGAGUGUUCUUAGAAGGGCAAGUAUGAAGGAUAAGACAGUGAUACUCACAACUUUGAACGACGCAUGGGCAGCGCCAGGUUCCAUAUUUGACCUCUUUCUUGAGAGUUUUCGUAUAGGAAAUCAGACAGAAUAUCUUUUAAACCACUUGGUGGUAAUAACUUACGAACAAAAGUCACAAGAUCGUUGCCUUGCUGUGCACAAGUAUUGUCACAACCUCAUGUCUAAAGGUGACAAUUUCACUGGUGAACAACGUUUCAUGACCCCAAACUACCUACACAUGAUGUGGAAAAGGCUUGAAUUCCUUAGUUCUAUUCUUGAUAUGGGAUACAGCUUUGUCUUCACGGAUUGUGAUAUAAUGUGGCUUAGAGAUCCCUUCAAACAAUUUUUCAAGGAUGCAGAUUUCCAAAUAGCUUGUGAUGGUUUCAACGGGAAUUCCUCUGACAUACACAACUCUCCAAAUGCAGGGUUUAAAUAUGCGAAAUCUAAUUAUCGAACAAUUUGGUUCUACAAGUUCUGGAUAAACUCCAGGAGUUCAAACCCAAAAUUGAAUGAGCAAGAUGUGCUGAACAGGAUCAAAGGGCACCCCUCCAUUUCUGACAUGAAGCUUAAGAUGAAGUUCCUUAGCACCACCUAUUUCUCAGGGUUUUGUCAGGUUAGCAAGGACUUCAACAAGGUCACAACAAUGCAUGCCAAUUGCUGUAUUGGUUUAGACCCCAAAAUCAGUGAUCUUAAAUUGGUGCUAGAAGACUGGAAGAAGUAUAUGGCAUUGUCUGAGUAUAAUAAAACAGAGUCACAUCUUUCUUGGAGGGUACCAAAACGUUGCUAGUUCUAAUAUCUCAGAAUUUUGUAAUUUAUUGUA